CCAUCAAAAAAAAUAUAUUAUAUAAAAAUACUAAAAAUAUUAGCCAUCAUUAUGCGGCACUUAAUUAACUUAAUUAUUAUUAUAUCAAUUGGUUUGACAAACAUAGUGCCAAAUGUCAAAUGUGACGAUAAAUAUCGUAUCGGUGUCGGCAUCGGUGACAUCACUGGUCCGGCGGCCGAAAUAAAUAUGAUGGGUUACGCAAAGCCCGGUCAGGACACGCAUGGCAUACAUAUGCGACUAUACAGCCGAGCGGUAAUCAUUGAGGACAUGUCUGGCCAUAGGAUAUGCUACGUAUCGGCCGAUAUUGCAAUGAUGUCACAGAUACUCAAAUUAGAGGUAUUGAAAAUAUUAGAGAAAAACUAUGAGGGAGUCUAUACUAUAAACAAUGUAAUGCUAUCGACUACACACACCCACUCAGGACCGGGAGGUUUCCUACAGUACAUACUCUAUAUAAUAUCGUCGCAAGGUUUCAUCGACCAUAACUUCCAAGCCAUACGCGACGGCAUUGUCCGCAGUAUAGACAGAGCCCAUCAUAACUUAACCGACGGCUAUGUCUAUGUAAAUGUUGGCCAACUGUUGGAUGCCAGCGCUAACCGUAGUCCUACGGCUUACGAUAAUAAUAGUCCGGCCGAACGUAAUCAAUACGAGUAUAAUACGGAUAAAAAUAUGACUGUCCUCAAGCUAACCGAUUUGAUGGAUGAACCACUGGGUGCUGUCAAUUGGUUUGCAGUUCACGCAACAUCCAUGAAUAAUACUAAUAAACUGAUUAGUGGCGAUAAUAAAGGCUAUGCCUCCCAGCUUAUGGAGCAGGACUUCAAUGGUGGUACACUACAUGGAAAAGGUCCAUUUGUGGCACUGUUUCCACAGUCCAAUGAGGGCGACGUAUCGCCCAAUAUUAGGGGUCCCUAUUGUCUGGACAGUGGUCUGCCAUGCGAUACGGCUCAUAGUACUUGCAAUGGAAAGAACGAGUUAUGUGUAGCUUCGGGUCCCGGACGAGACAUGUUUGAGAGCACCCGUAUCAUAGGCUAUCGGCAAUUUGCAAGAGCCAAACAACUGUUUCAAAAUGCUAGCCGCAAGUUGUCGGGUACUAUUGGCUACAUUCAUCAGACUGUAGACAUGUCCAACGUAGUGGUCGAGUUGGCCCAGCCGACGGUCAACAAUAACAAGACAUCGGUCCGGACGUGUGCACCGGCUAUGGGCUACAGUUUUGCUGCCGGUACUACCGAUGGUCCCGGUGCUUUUGAUUUUUUUCAGGGUGACACCAGUCCGAACCCGUUCUGGAAUCUGCUUCGCAAUCUAAUUAAGACACCAUCGAAACAGAUAACCGAUUGUCAGAAACCGAAACCCAUACUGUUUGCCACCGGCGAGAUGUCGUUUCCCUAUCAGUGGCAGCCGUCGAUACUGCCGACACAGAUAUUCAAAUUGGGCGACAGUCUACUGGUAGUGGCCGUUCCCGCCGAGUUUACCACAAUGUCUGGCCGUCGGCUCAGGCAAGCAGUCAAAGAGGAGUACGACAAACACUCAAACAGUGACGUACAGGUGGUUAUCGCCGGACUGGCCAAUGCUUACGCAUCAUAUGUGGCCACUUAUGAGGAAUAUCAAGUUCAACGAUAUGAAGGUGCGUCCACUUUGUACGGUCCGCACACAUUGGACGCCUACAUUCAACAGUACAGACAACUGGCCCGACAUUUGGCCAAAGGCGAAACCAUUGAUCCGGGACCGGCCGAACUGAAUCUACUGAGCAAACAAAUCAGUCUGAAACCGGGUGUCAUAUACGAUGGUACGCCAUCGGGCAAACGGUUUGGCAGUUUGGUACGGGACGCCCAGGACCAGUACAGUCCGGGAACUACCGUACGGGUAACGUUUGUGGCCGCCAAUCCACGUAACGAUGUCAAAGCCGAAAGUUCCUUCUUGACGGUCGAGCGCUGGGAUCCGUCGAAACCGCCGGGCAAUUGGCUAUUGAUAGCUACUGAUGCUAACUGGGAAACAAAAUUUUAUUGGCGCCGAACCAACACAUUCUUCGGCGAAAGUGAAGUGGACAUUGUGUGGGACAUUCCCGCCGAUGUACUGCCCGGUCAGUACCGGAUCAGACACUUUGGUAACAGUAAAAACUUGAUGCAAACGAUUAAAUCUUAUAUUGGGACGUCCAAAACGUUUGAAGUCAAACCAAUGGAAAAGAUGUGAUCUAUUUUUUUUUGUCGAUAAAAUUAUUUAUU